AGAAGCUAUUCCUAAAAGUUUUUUAAGUUUUACUUAAAAUAUAGCUUGAUUAAAUUAUUAUUCUAAUAAAAUAUUUUGUUUUCUUACUUCGGCUAGUUUUCGUUAACAGUUUGUGAGUGGAAUUACGCGGUUCGUCGAUAGAUGGAUAUUUGUUUGAAUACAUAACCUCUACAAAAUAAUUAUAACCUAAAACUAAAUGAUCAUUUGCAGAUAAGGUCUCCAAUCAUUUAAUAAAGCAGUGCUUUUUUAUUUUCUUGGCAUUGCAUUUUGCAUUGUGCAAAGUUGAUGACCAUUAUGAGUUCCAAGUUAGAUAAAAUAGUUAAAACUUACAAGUCACUGGCUCAAAUACCAGCUUUAGCAGGAGCACAAAUUUACCACUCCAACGUUAUAAACACAGUAUGGUCACAGAGGAAUUUAGAAAAAGGGAAGUCAACAAAAUUCAGCCGCACUCUGAUAUUAAAUGGACAUAAUGUGGAUGAAACAUUUCCUUUGGAUAUUACUAGCGAAAUUUUAUCUAUAAUUUCUGAAUCAAAAAAUUUGAGGGCUGUUCUCAGGGAAAAUGACACCAAACAGUUUCUGGAAAUUUGGAAAAAUAACAACCUUUUGCGCUGUGUGGAUUUGGGUGGUUUAGAUAUUCACGGAAAUGUGUAUUCUGAUGGAGAAUUUGGUUCUUUUGAGUUUUCCCCAGAUGAGAAAAAACUCUUGUAUGUUGCCGAAAAGAAACCACCUAAGAGUGAACCCUUUUAUAAACGCAAAAAACCUGAAGAAGAUGGUAAUGGUCCCAAACCUACUAAAGGAGAUGAGUAUGUGUUUGAGCAGGAUUGGGGCGAACAAUUGGUGGGAAAAAAGAAAUCUGUUAUUGCCCAAUAUGAUAUUGAAAAUGACAGCGUUGAGAUUUUGGAUGGUAUUCCAGACAACAUCUGUAUUGCCCAACCCAAAUACUCACCUGAUGGUUUGUACAUUGCUGGUAUAGCAUAUUUUACAGAACCUAGAAAAUUGGGUCUUAUUUACUGUGGGAACAGGGCCAGUACCAUUUUUACCCUUGAUUUUGAAGGCAAUUAUUUGGCCUUGUCUCUCAAUAAUAAUUCAGUAAAAGCGCCGACAUUUAGCCCUGAUGGAAAAACGCUACUUUGGUUGCAGAGGUCUGCUGGUGGGCCUCAUGCCUCCGGUAUGGCUCUAGUCAAGGCAGAUACUCCGCUAUCUAAAGAUUCCCUAGUGAAGACGGUGGUGGAUAUAGUCCCUUCAAAAAAGAAGAUAAGCGAGGAUAAAGAUUUUUAUGGAUUAUAUAACAGUGGCUUCCCAAAACGCUGCUGGGCUACCAAAAACAGAUUAUUAUUAAAUACAAAUCAAAAAUAUACCAUUAAUUCUUAUGUUGUUAAUGUAGAUAAUGGUGAAAUAACUGAAUUGGAAUUUGAUGCGGGCAGCCAGUUGGUGAUAGAUGUUUCAAAGGACACGGUCUUAGCGUUGCGACGUAAUUUUCUUCAUCCCGAUCAACUGGUAAUCGGUAACUUACCAGACACAGGCUCUGAAAACCAGAUUCAAUGGCAAGAUUUAACCCCGAAAACGAAAAUUCCGGAGCUAAACGAUUUGAUUUACAAGUAUUUGGAUUUGAGCGCUCCCCACGGUAAUGUCACUGAAUUCAAUUCGAUUUAUUUAGGGCCGAGUUCCGGGAACGAAAAGGAAAUUCCGCUGGUGGUGUGGCCCCAUGGUGGUCCGCAUUCCGCGUUCGGCAAUUACCUUUUCCUAGAAGCGGCCAUGUUUUUAUCUAUGAAGUACGCCAUUCUAUUGGUAAACUAUAGGGGCUCCCUGGGGUCCGGAGAAGACAGCGUUCAGUUUCUCCCAGGUAAAGUAGGUGUCGCUGAUGUCGACGAUUGCAUUCAAGCUACCGAUGCCGCGUUGAAGAUGUUCCCGUGGUUAAAUCCCGAGGGUUUGGUGUUGUGUGGUGGCUCUCACGGUGGUUUUUUAGUUACCAUGCUUAGCGGUAUGUUUCCCGACAAAUUUAAGGCGGUCAUCGCCAGGAAUCCGGUGAUUGACAUUGCCUCAAUGAGUAUUACUUCUGAUAUACCCGAUUGGUGCUACGUUGAAGCCGGCAAGGAGUAUACGCAAAAAGGCGAGCUAGAUGACGACUUGUUGCUGAAAAUGCGCAGGAUCUCACCCAUAUACCACGCCCACAAGGUAAAAGCGCCGACACUAUUGCAGAUCGGAUCCAAAGAUCUGAGGGUACCCGCUCAACAGGGCAACGAGUAUUACUGCAGAUUGAAGACCAACGGCGUGAAUGUCAAAAUGAAUCUGUACGAUGACAAUCAUCCCUUAGGAUCGGUGCCAAACGAAAUUGACAAUAUCAUAAAUACGAUUUUGUGGAUAGAGGAGCACUUGGGGUUGGGUCAGUCACCCACCUCGUGAAAAAAUAAAACUUUAAGGAUAAACGUUUGUUUUACAUAAUAAAUUACUACUCUAUUGCAUGUCAGGAUCUUAAAAAAUCUUUUUUUUUUUUCAAGGGAAAUUUUGAAAAUGUCAAUGGAUGGGCGUUUUAACUUGAAAUCGUACUGAUUUUGUCGUGUAUCUCGUCGUUGAUAGAUAUGAAACAAUCACAGAUUUAGAAAAAGAAUCUGGCUCAAUUGCACUAUCGAGAUUCUGCACGGGUCCGGUAGUUCAAACGAACCGAGCGUGUUUCAAAUUAACCGAGUUUCAUCAAGUUUGAAUUAA